AUACAAUACAGGGAUUUGAUUGGUUCUUACGAUAAAAUUCAACCAAUCAGUUUAAAGCAAUAUACGAAGUUUAAACAUCGAAAAUAUUUACAACCUAUUUAAGUUCAAUAUGCUCAAAGUAACCAAAGUUACAUUAAGUUCAAAGAACAAUCAAGAAUAUUAGUAAAACAAAUAUUAAAAAGACUAAUUUCUGUUGUUGGCAACAUAUUUGACCUUCGAUAUGUUGUUACUGCAUUUCGUCAAUAAAUUGAUAUUUGACGAAUUAACCAAAACCAGUCAUGUGGUUAGAGUGAAAAAUUUACAAUAUUUUAGCACUGGAAAUAAAUUAAUGGAACGUAUACCACGUAAUAUAAAGGAUUGUUCAAGAUUUAUAGUUCAUAGAAAUCGUAUAAGCUCGGAAGAUAAAGAGCCUAAAGCUGUAAGCGAUACCAGUUUCUCUUGGUUUAAAGCAGAAGCUCCGCCACCUCAAACUUUUUCUAUAGGUAAUAUUAAAUCUUGGUGGGAAUAUAAUAAAAGAUUAUUGUUUGCUAAACAACAAGAAUUUAAUUUCAAGAGAGCUAGCACUUUGGGUAGUAACAUAGCUGCUGCCUAUUUCGUUAUUGAAUGGAGCGGAAAAGUAAAGUUUAAAAACUCUAAUUGGUUAGAAGCCACAAAGGAUAAACCUGUUCGUUUACCAAAUUCAUAUAAACCAAAUUAUAUAAUUAUUGGAAUAGAUGCUAGUAAUACGUUAAUAUGUUACGAAGGACUUAAAAAUAUGAAUUCGCUUCAUUAUUUAAAAUGGCUUAGUUUUAAAGGCUGUGAAUAUAUUGACGACUGGUGCAUAGACAAAAUAUCUGCACAAUAUCCGUCGUUAGAGUAUUUAGAUAUUUCUGAUUGUAAAAAUGUAACUGAGAGAGCAUUAGAAGCAAUAUACAAAUUAUAUAAUCUCAAAACAUUAAUAGUGACAAAUCAUCAGAAAUCUGCAACAUUUGAAUUGACAUGUCUUAUGUUAGAAGAAUGUAAUACAAAUUUACAAUGCAAGAUUUUUAAUUCAAGGUAUUCAAAUAAUAAAUCCCAAGAAAAGAAUAAAUAAUUUCAAA